AUGGCAAGAGUUAAGCAUGCUCCAGCUCUUCGCAAAAGCGCACCUGGUACUCAUGGGAGGAAGAAAAGGCGGAGUAGGCCAGGAACGGUGGCACUCCGUGAGAUCCGUAAAUUUCAGAAGACUUUCAAGUUACUUAUCCCAGCUGCUCCAUUUAUUAGAUGUGUUAAACAGAUUACGAACCAGCUAUCUACGCAGGUCUCUCGCUGGACACCUGAAGCCGUGGUAGCUAUUCAGGAGGCAGCCGAGGAUUAUCUGGUUCAUUUGUUUGAAGGUGGAAUGCUCUGUGCAAUUCAUGCAAGGCGUGUUACUCUUAUGAAAAAGGAUAUUGAGUUGGCACGUAGGCUUGGAGGAAGAGGACAGCCUUGGUGAGAGCAAUAUACUGGUGAACACCAUUGAGCAAUAUACGGGUUUCAAAGAAGCCAUUGCAGCUUGUAAACCCAGCACUCA